CCCAUUUCUAAUCCGCCACACACACCAACCUAAUCAUUUUUCCACUAAACGUGACCACACAGGAUACGUAGCUUCUUCUACCACUGAUCCACCACAAAACGAUAACGAACCAUGUCUCUAUCGCUGCUUUCUUUGUUUCUCAUACUUGUUCAGACUUGUAUUAUUUAUUAAAAUUACACUAGUUGCGCCACGGAACACUAACUGAAAAGUAUAUAUAAACCGUUACGGAGCCUGUGCCUCUGGCGCGUCGUACCAAACCGCUUUCACUCAUUCUUUUCUGCUUAUGAAAAUGUGUUCCGUACAAGCACUGCGUUCACCGUGUGGGGGUGGAAUAUUCCAGAACAUCGAAUGCGGGACAUCGACGGUGGAGAAGAAGUUAUUAGGAUUUGUUAAUUUCCACCCCGGGUUUAAUGCCGUUGGAUCAGGUCGUUGUCGUAAAAGAUUAUCGAAGCCGAUCACGGCGAAGGAGGAUCAUGAAUCGUCUCUUGCCGAUGACGGUAACGGUGCUUCUAAAUACCAGGGGAUUUUUGUGAAUGAACGAAACUGCGUCAAAAAUGAACCUGAUUCAUCUUUCACUAAUCACUCUUCUGCAUUUUCUGCUAGGUAAAAAUCUUAGCAAUUUGUCGAAAAAAGGGAAUUCAACAAACAUUUUGUGGCACGAUUGUCCAAUCCAGAAGCUUGAUAGACAACAACUACUUCAACAAAAAGGCUGUGUCAUUUGGUUAACUGGUCUCAGUGGUUCAGGAAAAAGCACUGUUGCAUGCGCUUUGAGUCGAAGCUUGCACUUGAGAGGUAAGUUAACUUAUAUCCUUGAUGGGGACAAUAUUCGACAUGGUCUAAACCGCGAUCUUAGUUUCAGAGCAGAAGAUCGUUCAGAGAACAUAAGAAGGAUUGGUGAAGUAGCAAAACUCUUGGCAGAUGCAGGAGUUAUUUGCAUCGCCAGUUUAAUAUCACCAUACCAAAAGGAUAGGGAUGCUUGCAGGGCUCUACUGCCCAAAGGAGAUUUUAUUGAGGUUUUCUUAGACGUGUCACUAGCUGUGUGUGAAGCAAGGGACCCAAAAGGUCUAUACAAGCUUGCUCGAGCUGGAAUGAUCAAAGGUUUCACAGGGAUAGAUGAUCCAUAUGAACCUCCAUGUAGCUGUGAGAUCCUAUUGAAGCAGCAAAAAGGAAGUGACUGUAUGUCUCCAAGUAAUGCGGCAGAAGUAGUAAUAUCCUACUUGGAGAAGAAUGGGUACUUGCGGGCCUGACUAUGCUUGAAUGGGGUCUUUCUUAUUUGUUGUAGGUAUGUUGUACAACAAGUCUGGCGCACACAAAAAACUGCUUCUCCAAGCUUCAUGGAAUUCAUUGCUAACUAUGCAUCUGGUUUCAUCCGAGGCAGAUAGAGUCAUAUUCAUGUUGUAUUUAUGACUUCACUAUAUAGGUGGCAUUAAGUGAGGUGGAUCUGUGAGGAAUGAGUUGGUCUUGAUUGGUACUAUGGUGUAAUUAAAAGAAAGUAAGAUUUAAAUGUAUAUUAUCCGUAUGUUUUGGCAAUAAAAUGUUUGUCAUAUUGGUACAAGUUGUGAAGAUUUGUUUGCUAUCCAAAUGUAACAUCUAUCCGCAAUUAGUCACUUGGAGUCAUUGGCUUUGA